CCUGCAACCAUAGAUCUUCCCCUCACCAAUAUGGCGGCCCUCUGUCCUGCCUCUGCUCUCUAUGGUGAUCCCAUCGCCGUCAGCCCCGCCCUGCUCUCCCCUGUGACACCCGGCUGAGAGGAGCCCGCCUUCUGUGACGUCACCGAGAGGCCGGCUCCGGAGCACAGCUAACGCAAGAUGGCGGCCACCACGGGCUCAAGCGUCAAAGUUCCUCGUAAUUUUCGGCUUUUGGAAGAACUUGAAGAAGGUCAGAAAGGAGUUGGUGAUGGAACCGUUAGUUGGGGUCUGGUAGACGAUGAAGACAUGACCCUCACAAGAUGGACCGGUAUGAUCAUUGGACCACCUAGAACAAUCUAUGAGAACAGGAUAUACAGCCUUAAAAUAGAGUGUGGCCCUAAAUACCCAGAAUCCCCUCCGUUUGUCAAAUUUGUAACAAAAAUUAAUAUGAAUGGCGUGAAUAAUUCUAAUGGUGUGGUGGAUCCCAGAGCCAUAUCAGUUCUAGCAAAAUGGCAGAAUUCCUAUAGCAUCAAAGUCAUCCUGCAAGAACUGCGGCGUCUCAUGAUGUCCAAAGAAAACAUGAAACUCCCGCAACCUCCCGAAGGACAAUGUUACAGCAAUUAAGAAACAAACAAAAAAACACAACAAAAAAAAACACAAAAAAGAGAAAAUUGUCCAUGCCCAAUUUAAAAGGAAUUUAAGCUCUUGUCAUUUUCCACAGUAGUAUAUUUUCUAGAUACAUCUUGUACACCUCAGACGUACUGGAAGUUUUCCCAAGAUAAAGCCAGUUUAUCUUGAGACGCUGUAAAUUAUACUAAUAUUUUUUCUUUCCCAUUUUCAAAAAACGAUAAUCCUGUCCGUAAAGUCGACGUUCCGGUGUCAAGAAAAAAAAUUCUAUUUAAUUCUUCCUGUUUGCGAGCAGCGUGGCACAUUACCUGACUGUGAAGCCGUAUCACACAAUCACCUUAUUGCUGCAGUUUUUAUUUUUUACGAUUUUCUUUUUCCUCGCUAUAGAUGUUUAGUUCCGAGCUGUUCGGGUCCAUCAAAGCGUCGAUUGUUUCCUCAUUUCAGAUUUUUUUUCUGCUAUAUUCUUUUUGUGUGUCCAGUUUUCAGACUGGGUUUCAUGGACUACUAAUGAGAAUGCGUGCUAACUUGGGUCAUCCCCUCCCCUUUGUGUCGUCUCUAAUAAAUGCUGGAUGUGGCA